AUGGCUCCGAGCAAACGCGAAGCAAAUGGCGCAACAAAGCCAUUAACGACAGUUCGCAUCAUGACAAAGAUCAGCAAGUCUACGACCGUUGGGAUGCCCUGGCACGAUUUCAUCACGUUGAGUGUGCAGACCACUGAGGGCGAUGACACAGAGAUUGUUUUCCAGAGCUAG